AUGCUGGCGAAUGCGGGCAUGCCGUCACCGGCGUUAACGGAACGUUCGGGUCACCACGCACCAGAUGGUCUACUCGAUCCCACUCUUGGUAUACAUCUUGACGGCCAAGGCAUGCGCAGCUCGGCUGCUAUCAGUCUUCGUGACGACAUCGAUUACUCCAGACCGAUAGGAGGGGUAAGUAAGAUUGUCUGUGAUGACUUCUGUAUUAACUAA